AUGCCAAAGCCACCUGCCGACCCAAAGGUUUACGGCAACCUCAGGGCCGCUCGCUUCCUGGAGAUCGACCCACGUGGCCGUGACCCCCUGGUCUCGGCAGUUAUGGGCCUGUUGCGCGGACACUACCGCACCUCCCCGAAUGACCUGACAAGGUUGGUCACCGACUCUCACAUCCGCACCUUUGCCCUCGUCGCCAACGACGGCUGCGGACCGCCAGCGGUGGUGGUGGUGGCCAUCGAGGAGACGCCCGAGCGAUUGGGGAAAUCCGGUGCGAAAGUGCAUCAGACACACUUGCUCGCCAAUGGUGUCGAAAAGGAGUAUCCCUUCUUGGCCCUGGCUCGGCUCCGGGGACUUCGGCCCUGGCGCGUGGUGGCCGCGCCGGCGGUGCGGGGGCAGGGCUUUGGCCAGCGUGCCGCGGAACUUCUGACCGCCUGGGCCAAGGGGAGCCGAGAUGAUGCCUCCGGGGGAAGUCCCCGGUUCGAUUGGCUGGGUGUCUCCUUCGGCCUCACCGCUCAGCUGUUCCGUUUCUGGUCCCGCGCGGGCUACCGACCGGUGGUGAUGUCCAACACACCAAAUGAUCAGACCGGGGAGAUGUCGAUGAAGAUGCUGUUGCCAAUCAGUGCCGCCCUUGAGCGUGCAGUGCCAUCGGUUUUGCCGCUGUUUGGCACCUCAUUCUUUCGACGGCUGCCGACUUGCUUCCGCGAGCUGGACACGCAGCUCGUGCUGGAUAUCCUUAUGGAAAGCCGACCCGCUGGCGAUGCCUGGCAUCCACUCGCACUAGAAGCGGCGCGACUGGAGAAGUUUGCAACCUCGAAGAAGCCGGUAGAAGAAGCGGUGAGGAUCUAUGACAUCUUUCCUCGGUUGGCUUCUGCGUACUUCUUCGGCGGCCUCGGGGCAUUGCGCUUGCCACGCCCAGAGGCUUCUACUCUCUGUGCGAUGGGUGGCCAGCUGCUGACGCUUGAGGAGGCCGCCACACGCUUGGGCCGCGGCGCUGCUCCCGGCGAUCGAGCCAACGACCUGGCUGCACGGUUGAGAUCGGCCGUCAAGGAGAUCUCUCUCCACAUCGGGUCCUUGGAGGUGGAAUGCUUGCUGACCGUUGCCCCGAGGGAGCAGGUUCUUCUCGAGCGCGGCCAGGCCCACCACGUUGCCCAAGUCUGGCUCCCUUCGCUUCUGGAUCUCCGCGGUGGCUUUGAGGUUCGAAUGGAGCUACCAGAGCCCUCUGAGGUGGAAGGAACGGAGCCAAGCCUCCUGGAGCUUGCCAACUACGCAACCCACGACCUCCACGUGCAGGAACCUCACUUCAGCCUCCUCAUGAGCGGAGAGAAGCGGAUCGAACUGCGCUUGGCGAAGCGGCAGGGCAGAUUGGUUGCAGCCAUGCUUCAUUCGGACAGCUGCGUCGAUGCGGCCACCAGUAUGGUGCAAGUGAGCGUCACUAUGCAAAAGAAGCGCACCCUCGAAAGAAGGGAGUCGGCCUACUGGUACCCAAGCCGUGGUGUGAACGAUAACAGAUCCGGCUGGUCGCCGGCAUUUGCGCCCUUUCCUCUAGGGGCACCCAAAUGGAAAUAUGAAAAGCCUGGCCUCAACUUCCACCAAACGCCUUGUAUCGAUGACAAACUCAACGUUUACACCGGCAGCGAUUUGGGCACGCUCCUCUCGUUCACAAAGGAGGGCCUCAAGCGAUGGGAAGUGUGGCCGAACGCAACACACUGCCAGAACCCUGCGCUCUAUGAUGGCAUCCUGUAUACCACCUGUCACAGCGGCGAGGUCUUUGCACUGAGAAUGGAAACAGGCGAGAAGGUGUGGUCGAACAAGUAUGUCGACAGCCUUCCGGGAGACACCUACACAGUCAGCGCAGGAGCAGAUUACCUCGUCGUACCCUUUGGCGACUGCGGAAUCGAAUUCGGCGGAUCCUGGGGAGUGGCUGUGCUGGAACGUGCUGACGGACACGUCAGGUGGACCUACAACAUGAGUGAGAAAACUGGCGGGCUUGCCUUUACGAUCAACAUGGCACCCUGCCUGCUCGACGAUUCCAUCAUCGUCAGUGAUACGAGUGGGGGCAUCUAUCGGCUCAGCCUGAAGGACGGCUCGGAGAUCUGGAGGGUGCCUGGGCUGAGUCCUGGUACCUUCACCUUGGGUGGCGUGGCAUGCGCAGAGGGCAUGGUCUUUAAUGGCUUUUCCAAGGAGAAUGCAACGGGCGGGCUUCAGGCACUGUCUGCAGCCACGGGGGAGCGAGUUUGGGCGAUCGAUGUCCCCAGAGCCAUCCACAAUGCUCCGGCGGUGGGGCGGUUAUGGGGUUCGCUGAAGGUUGGAGUUGUCGCUGGCAUCGGUGAGCCCACCGGCGUUCCAACGCCGGACCCGGCCUUGAUCACAGGCACUGUGAUGGCUGUGGACGCUGUGACAGGCGAGACCAUCUGGACAUUCGACCCACCACCAUGGCUCCACUCGGGCUCUGCCGGGUCGACGAUGGAGCAGCUGUGCAUGCCUGAUCUCUUCUCUGCCGCGACCAUUUCUGGAGAGGGAACAGUGUACAUCAACUGGUCUGCCGGCGGCAUUACCUAUGCCCUGCGCGACAACAACCACGAUGGCAAGAUCUCUUUGGAGGAUCCUACCGAGGUCUCGGCCUAUGACAUCGGCUCGGGGGCUACCGGGCCUCCAGCCAUCGCACCCGGCAUGAUCUUUGUGAACACCUGCCGCCGACCCAGUGUGGAGCAGGGCGCUUACUUCAGGGUCCAGAAGGCUUCGCCACCACAGCAGGCGGUGUUCCGAAUCCUGCGUGUCGCCCGCUAUGACACCGUGCACGACGGGCUGCGUUCCGAGGGAGUUGGCCGCGUGCUGCCCGGCGUGACCUCGCUGGAUGCAGGCCUCGCGACAUUUGCGCAGCUGUACGGCCAGCAAGGCCUGGGUGAAGGUGUGAUCGCCUUCGAGAUAGAGCUGGCGAACAAGGAGGCUCCAGGGAGGCCCACGUCCCCUCCUAUCAAAGCACAACCUGCCACAGCAGAUCCAGAGCGUUCCCUCUCCAUCGCUGCCAGGUGGCAGUAUCCUUGCGCAGUCAAGGGCUGCGGCGAUCUCCUCCUCAAGCCGCAGUGGGAAGCUUUCCACGGCAGGGUCGGCGAAAGUUGGUGCCUUGAAGCCGUGGCAUUCUGCGUCCUCGGCGAGCAGACGUGCUCUUUGCCCAGCAGCGAGGGGCUGCAGUUCAUCUUGGACCUCGGCGAGACGAAGCCUCGAUGGGGACAGGUGAAAGUUUGCUUGACGGUUUGGGACGAAGUCGUUCUCCGGACCGCUCGGAACGCCUUCUUCGGGCAGGCGUGGCUGCCUGCACUGGCACGGCUUGGCGGCGAAGCGUCGGCGCUGGAGUUGCCGCUGCUGCGCAUCGAGGGUGAAGUUGGUGAGAUUGCCUUGCAAGCCGGCUGGGAAUAUCCGCUGGCCAGCAAGGAGUCACAAGGAUGCCUGACUUUGCGGCAGCUCAGGGUGUCCGGGGUGGGAGGUCCUUCAUACCUCAUCGUCCGCGUGCUCCAUCAGACAAGCCGUGCUGCUGAAGGUCUCCACAAUCGGAGCAUUACUCUGCGAAUUGGGAUCCCAAAACCUCAGGAGCGGGCAGCCAAUCCAGCGAGGCUGGCCGACAGCCAGCCGCAGCGGGCGCUGUGCGUAGCCACUCCACGCGCGAGCGCUCGAGGCAGCCAGCUCCGAUUCGUGGUGCCUGGAAGCUUGGUCAAGUUGGGCCGUAGGCUUCGGUUCGCGGGCUUCGACACGGCCAUCGUGGACAGCAUCGCCGACGCAGCUGCGCUGGCUGCGGAGGAGAAGCGUGAGAUGAUUCUACUGCAGGGCUCUCGCCAUACAGGCGCCUGUGCAGUGCCUCGGAGCUCCCUAGAGGACCAGUUGAAGCAGACCCUCGAUCACUACGGUAUUCUCUUGGAUCCCGGAAGCAUGGCGUCUCGAUGUGCGGACUGCAAUGGCCAUCAGUUUCGGCUUGCGAGUGCUGGGGAAGUCGAAGGGGAGCUCCACGCCAGCACCGUGGAGCGCUACACGGAGACCCAGGGCAGAGGGGAUUAG